AAGUUGGGUCUGAUUUGCUGGAAUCGCGCAGGACCGAGGGCGCACCGGUCGAUUUCAUAUCAAGUUUGGUUAAAGCAGGGGUGAACAUCCCACACUCGGCGCCCUCUGAAGCUCCCCGUAAUGCUUUCAUGAGAUAACGCCGCACAGAGACGCGCGCAGAGCCCCGUGCAGUGCAGGAGUACAGCAGCGGCAGCCUCGUUUCGCACACCGGCUCUACGAGUACAGUCCGUGCAUGUCAACUUAAAAACAGAGAAUAAAAAAUCGCCUGCAGAAAAUCUGUCUUUCUCUGCGGUGAAGACAAUCUCUGGAUUUGCAGAAAUUCAUGGAUGUUAUUGGAUAAUUACUUUUGGUUUUUACGCGGAUCCACAGAGUCUCGCAUAGCGCACAGCGGAUCCAGGAAUGGCGCGAUAAAGUGAUCUGAGGAAUCGCUCCAAGUACAGUCACUUUCUGUGUAGCCGUCUCGUCAUGUAUUCCCCGAUUUGUCUAACUCAGGAUGAGUUUCAUCCCUUCAUCGAGGCACUUCUUCCUCACGUCCGCGCCAUCGCCUACACGUGGUUCAACCUCCAGGCCAGAAAACGCAAGUACUUCAAGAAGCACGAGAAGCGGAUGUCCAAGGACGAGGAGCGCGCGGUGAAGGAUGAGCUUCUGAGCGAGAAGCCCGAGGUUAAGCAGAAAUGGGCAUCCAGGCUGCUAGCCAAGCUGCGUAAGGACAUUCGGCAGGAGUACCGGGAGGACUUUGUCCUCAGCGUGACGGGCAAGAAGCCCCCUUGCUGCGUGCUAUCCAACCCGGACCAAAAGGGCAAGAUACGACGAAUCGACUGUUUGCGGCAGGCCGACAAAGUAUGGCGUCUGGACCUGGUGAUGGUCAUCCUCUUCAAAGGCAUCCCUCUGGAAAGUACAGAUGGCGAGCGCCUCGUCAAGUCUCCACAUUGCACCAACCCAGCACUUUGUGUCCAGCCACACCACAUAACAGUAUCAGUCAAGGAGCUGGACUUGUUUCUAGCAUACUAUGUCCAGGACCAAGACUCUCAGCAGUCAGGAAGUCCAAGUAACAAUGAGCCAGGCAAGAACCCUCUUCCAGUGUAUUUGGAAGACAGUUUCAUCAAAUCAGGAGUCUUCAGUGUUGCAGAACUAGUGCGAGUGUCCAGAAUGCCCAUUACCCACGGUGCAACGGUAAACUUCUCCAUGGCGGACAUGCCCAGCCAACCCUACUAUCAUGACCUGAACUCCAGCGUGGGGCUGCAUCGCCCCCUGUCCUCCCCUCCUGGCAGCAAAAGGCCCAAAACCGUCAACAUGGAGGAGAACAUGGACACCAGCCCGACGGGGCCCGACUUCUACUCGUCACCCAGCCCGCCAAACAGUCAGGCAAACUGGCGCGACAGAGACGGAGCAGACAUGUCCUCUCCUACGAUGAAGAAGCCAGAGAAGCCGCUGUUCAGCCCGACCUCUCCGCAGGACUCCUCACCACGACUCAGCACUUUCCCUCAGCCUCAUCACCCAGGCCUAACAAGCGUAGGACACAGUGUUAUAUCGGCGAGGAGCCCCCCUCCACACUCGCCGCUGCAGUUCUCGGCCUCGGCUAUCUUGCCCCCGACGGCGUCGUCCUACUUCUCGCACCCCACCAUCCGCUACCCGCCUCAUCUCAACCCUGCUGAUUCCCUCAAGAGCUACGUGCCGUCAUAUGACCCGUCCAGCCCGCAGAGCAGCCAGCCUAACAGCAGUGGUCAGGUUGUUGGAAAGGUCCCAGGCCACUUCACCCCAGUUUUGGCUCCCUCCCCACACCACGGCGCUGUGCGACCUGUCUCGCUUUCCAUGCCAGACACCAAGCCCAUCACCACAUCAACAGAAGGCUACUCAUCGCCUGGCACGCCAACAGCUAAUCGUUUUGUGAGCCUAAAUCCUAGAGAUCCCACCUUCCUGCACCAGCAACAGCUGAGGAAGUGUGACUGGAGCGUGACUCAAAACGGCAGGCAUUAUGGCCCCAGUGCCACUGACGACACUUUGGGGAUUACUUGGCAAAGUCCUGGUACCUGGGCGAGCUUAGUUCCAUUCCAAGUGUCGAACGGGACUCCGAUUCUGCCAACAAAUGUCCACCAGAACUACAGCAUAAACAUCAUUGGUGAGCCCCUGGUCCCCGCCGAGACAGGGAACUGAUCACACAGAGGCCGGAUGACCCCCAGGGUGGAUAGAUGGGUGGGGGCGUUGGUAGUGCGGAGCUAGCACUACAGGUGUCCACAGCCAUGGAUGAAACCAGCAAAGCAGCAAGCGCUGCAUAACCCUCUCUACUAUCCCCCCCCAACCCUCAUCCCAGCCCCUCCUUGUUCCCUCCCCACUCCCGUCCCUCCCGAUGAUGGACACUGGCCCUGAAGUGAAGAUGAGGGUUCGUUCAGAGGAAAGAAGAAAAAAAAAAACCCAAGAAGCUUCAGGUCUGCUGUCUCCUCACCCCGGCCCACACACACACAAACACACACACCUACCACCCACCAGUCAGUUGUUGUGUGUUGCAGAACUUUGCAAUCCAUUCAGAUACUGUGAUGUAUAGAUGCCUUAAUGUUUUAUUGCAUGACACUCUAGUCUCUUAGCGGCGAUUCCUAUUAUUUUUCCAUGUUGGAGGAAGAUGUAAAAUCUAGAUUUACAAACACACCCACACACACACACGCAUAAGUGAGGGGGUCUGCAUAUUUGACAACCUCUGCCUGGUGGAUGGCUCAGAGACUCUAAGCUCUCCAACUGAGACCUCUUGAGAAGAGGCUUUCCCGCAUCAAACGAUUCACUGUGUGCACCAUAGGAACAAAAACUUGUGAAUUCAGAGUGUUUCUUCUUCCAUUUGAUUUCAGUUUACUGUGAUACGACUCUUUGUUCAGAAAAAUGUGUUGACUUUGUUUAUUCUUUACUGCUACUUACUUCAUGAAUUAAUGUAAACACUUAGGCCCCUUUCAGACAUGGCUUCACGGGUUUGUCAAAGCGAUUAAGACACCGGUAACUCUUACGUGAGCGCUCCUCACGGCAACGCAGACAGCCUCGGUAUGUGCAAAAGGCUUGCUGCAUUUGUGGCCGCAAGAUGUGCCCGGCGAUAUUUAAUUCUCUUCGCUGCCACAGACCCUGUUCACAGGAGACAUUUCCACAUGACAGGAUGAUGGCUCAGUUUUCAUUAAGUGUCCCAGUAGGUCAUGGCAAGCUGGGCAGCGAGCAAGCAAACACAACAGCAGGACUUCCCCGACCUUUUUACUUGGUCUGAGCCAGCAGCAUCUCUGAGAUGGGCACAGGAUGUUCUUCAGUGGCAACGCUGGACGCCAAAAGCAAACCCUCCUGGCUGAAAGGGCAACAAAGUCUGCACAAGUUAGGAUGGGUGUUGGUGGGGUAAACUGCCAUCAUCUGGAGCGUCAUCCAGCAUCCAGACAGAUAGCAGUUCCUGUCCUGUGGGACAUGUUUUGGCUAAAAACCACACCAGUUCACAGCUUUCCAAUUGAAAAGUGAUGGUUAAGAGGUUACCUAGAGCGUUAAGUGGUGACACCAGUGGGUCCUCACAGAACAUCUGCAUGUUGCACCCUUUCCUGCUUUGAUAUGUUAAAAUAUCUGCUGUGAAAACAGUGAAAACGCCCUCUUCUGCACGGUAAACUUGUGCGUGCCUGUCCGACCUGCGCCGUGUCGAAAGCUGCCCGUAAAUGUUAAGAUGCUGUCAGAUUAAUGGAGAGGAGUGCAUGUCUGAAAGGGGCUUUAUGGGUAAAGGUUGAGAACUCUAAAUGCAGUUUUCAAAACAACACUAAAUGCUAGGCUUGAGAUUGGACCCCUCACGAAAGAAUUAGCAUCUCCUUUAAAAAAAGGAAUAUAAAAAAAAAAAAAAUGCGACAGAGGCAAGUGCAAUUGAAUUUUUGAAGGGAAGCUAUCAGUCUGUCAGCCCUAAGACUCUAAAGGAAGGGGGAUAAAUAUGAAAUGUUUUAUGGGUAAAAUGUUUGAGAAAACAUCUGAAUUUGAUUUCAGUCACGAUAUCCGUCUCCUCGCGUGGAAAAAAGUUUUAAAAAAAUUUAAAAAAAGUAAAAACAUUAAGUAGGAAAGGCAGUUGAAGGCGAGCAUUAAAGCUACCUGUGCAGCGCUGAGCAAAACCAGCACUUAUUUUGAGCCCUUCCCAUCAUUAUGGGGAGAUUUUUUUUUAAUUUAUUUCAGAAAAAAAAGAAAAAUCGUUAAGUAAAGAAAACGAGAUGCACAUAGUGCGCAUAAAUGUUCACGAUGAGAUCAAGAGCAUACGCAUUUGGCCAACAGCUUCUAAAGCUUAUGUUUACGAAAAAAAAAAGAAAAUAAGAAGUGUUAAUUCAUGGGAAAAUUUGUAUUAUUCAUGCAAAUGUAGCGUGGGCUUAUGGGUAAAGCUACAGUUUGUGCAAGGUUAACUCUAAAGUGGAAGAGGUUGAAAGCUGAAAUUCCGAAUCCAGGUGGUGGCAAAUCCCCGAAAUCAAGAAUUGCGCGUGGCGUGUUCACGGCCAUUGCCUCUCCAGUCCAGACAUAUUUAUAUACAAGGAAAAAAAAAAUCUCUCCAGUACUCUUAAUUUGCACGAUGACAUAUAGUCCACAUUACGUGCCUUGCCUUUGAAUAUAGAGACAUCACUACACUUGUUUUUUGCUGCAUUUAUCAUUAUAGAAAAAAAAAUUAACAUUUUUAUGAUAAGAAUUGUUUUGUACUCUGAAUGAAAUUGUUGAUUUUUAACUUCAUGUACUACUCUAUGUCACAGUUACAUUGCAUAUCAAGGCUGUGUAUAGUUGCCGUUUUAAAGUUUGUAAUCAACCAGCAUUUUUUUUUGUUUGUUUGUUUGUUUGUUUGUUUUCAGUAUUUCGGUGGUUUUUCUAAUAACCUGUCAUCUUUUGUUUUCCUUAUUUUUGUUUUUUUUCAAUGCUCAUUUCGUUCAUCUUCCAGUUACUAUUGCGGAGGGUGGAAUUCAGAAUUAUGAAAAUUAUGCAAUACCAAGUUUUGCCUAUGUAGGUAGUGCUUAUAGAUGCGUCAAUUAUUAGAGGCUAGUUUGGAGAUAGAUAAUAUUGUAAUGCAUUUAUUUUGUUGAUAUCGUUGUUUGUCGUUGUUGUUGUUGAUGAUGUUGUUGUUGUUGUUGUUGUUGUUGUGGGUGUUUUUUUCUUUUCCUUUUUUAUCGACCAAAGUGGGGACUGCUUCCUAUGCAGUGUGAGACAAGGUCUUUUUUUUCUCCUUUUUUUCUUUCUUUAGCUUAUAGGCCUACCGAACGACGGUGAGACAUGUUCCCGUGUAUUAUGAAUUUGGGAGAUUUGGGAGGAGGGGUGGUAUUUUUCUAGAAGUACUUAUCUUAAAAUGAUGCACCCUUGGGCUUGCUGCGGCUGCAAAGUCACUGAUUGGUCUACUGUGACUCUUACUUUCAACUUUCCACCUGGGGUGCUAGCGUGUGACCUCGAAGGAGCUCUUUUUUUCUUCUUCUUCUUCCACUGGAGAGACAGCUUGACUUGAGCGCGACAAUCAUUUGAAGAAAUCAUUUUUGCGUAGAAUCCCGUUCUGUCUCGGCUUCCCGAGAGCCGCAGCCGAUGGCGUCGCGCGCGUUUUUUCCGAAUCUUUACGCCGUGCUAUUCUAGAUGUCGCCGGAUGCAAUUCCCAAGUAGAUGCCUUAAACACAUCAGUGAAGUGGCCUGUGACUGCGCAACAAUCACACACCGACUAAUGCUAGUGAGACCUGUUGAAAUCAGUUCUAGACAGGCUCAAGCAAGCCUUUAGAAAGUAUUUUAUAAGUAGUAGAUUUGUAUAAAUGUAUAUACGAUAUGCACAUAUGUCAAUUCCUGAGACGCUUCCCUAGCAGAAGCCCCGUAGAGUAUGUUAAAGGAAAUAUUGGACUGCAGGAGUGUGGUGUCUUCUAACUUCCUGUCCAAAUGCCCCCAGUAGAAGCUUAAAUAGAAUCCACUAGGAGAACAAAAUCUAGCACUUAAAUAGCACAUAGGCAAUCAUCUCCCCCACCCCCCAUCCUCGUCCUACAGUGUUCAGAAGUCAAACUAAACCUCUCAGGCGUAUUACAGGGCAUUAUUUAUAUCAAUCGAUACCUUGCCAUUUUUAUUGUAAAAAAAAUCUCUCGCAGAAAGCUGCAGCGCAGCCAGUGCUGCUAUGACACCUUUUGCACUCUUUCCCUGCAAUCGUGAAAGAAACGUUUUCCUUCGGAGAGUUCCCCCGAGAGCUCUCCGGCGCCAGCAGAGGGCUAAGGAGCAGAAAUCGUUGUUAAAAAGUAAUCCUCAAGUCAAGCUCAAUCUCUCCGUCUUCACCCAGAUUUCUCACGCAGAAAGAAAAUGUUUGAAAAAAACAAAACGAAAAAAGUCACCCCGUUGUAAGUGCACUGCUCUUUUUUUUUCUUGGUUGCUUUUUUUUUCUUUUAAAAGGAAAAAAACUAUAAGUGCUUUGCAGCCUUUGGCCAUUGGAGACCCCACUGAAGUGCAUUGUCCCCAAGUGUGUGUGUGUGUGUGUGUGUGUUUGUGUGUGCGCAACUUAAAAGUGUGUCAGGGUCACUGUGCUGUUGUGCUGGUGUCUGUUUGAAGAGGAGACUGUACAUAAUGGUAAAUAUCCUGACUGCGUCGAUAGCUGCGGUCUGCGAGGCUGAACUCUGCUUUGGCAGCUUGAGCGUGCGUGCAAGUGCGUGCAAGUGCGUGCAAGUGCGUACGCGGUUAAAUUUCCGAGCUGGAUGUAUGAUCGAGUGCCUCCGACACUACACAGCGAUAGAAGAUGAGGGUCUUUCUGUCGAGGAAAAGAAAAAGCCUGCCGUAGGACAGGAGUUUGUACACUGUAAACUUUCGGGGGAGUUCUUCUUUGAAGCCCACAUUUGUAAAUGUUCAUUUCUGGGGAAAAUGAGUCAAUUCCAUUUUAGGAAGAAAAAAAAAAGAAAAAACAAACAAAAAAAAUGUUUUUUUAAAUUUGGAUUUGUUUGUUUCAGAGACUGGAUUUGAGUUAGAACUCUCCAGGUUUCUCUGAUUAGUGUUUUCAUCAGGUGUUCCUGUAUGUAAAGAUAAAAGAGGGGGGGUCGGGGAGGGAGUGUGUAUUCUGUACUGAUCCAUAAAUAUUAAGAAACAACAACAUUGAAGGCUUUUUUUAUUCUUAUUAAUAUUAUUUCUGAACUUGGUUAGUGCUUAGAUAUUUCCACUUGGGAAAGACUUCAUGAAUAUUUGAAUUGUUGUUCUUUCAGUAGUGUGGCCAUAGAGCGUGUGAUGUGAUUUAUCUCGGGGGUUGUUUUUUUUUCUUUUCUUUGGAAAUGGGUGUGAAUUCUUGUCCAACAAGAUUGUGGUGUGAGUGUGUUUCUUGUAGCAGCUGGGAAGUAAACCUGUAAGGCAAAGGCCCCAGUUUGCACCUGACCUUAAGUGAGAAGCAGGGUCAAAUCUGCAGUGACAAACGUCCUUGAUGAAUCUGUCGGAUUUUAUUUUAUUUUUUCCUUUUUCUUCUUGUUCUUAAAAAAAAAAUUCACAAUUGUCGCAACGUGAUUGGUGCUGCAUCUCACCGUAUAUCUGGCAAGUUUGGAGCCGUGCGCAUCGUUCGCAUGCAGGCGAUGCUGUUUUAAGAAUUUCCUAAAAGAAAGCAUCCACUCAUUUUGCACUUUUGUCAUUUCACACGUUGUCAAAUCCUGAUGUACUAUAGGAAACCCUCCAUUCACACUACAAACAAAUACUGCAUGCUUUUCAGGUGCUUCAGAUUAGGGUACUGUACCUUCCAGCUGAGCUAGUGUUUUCGGGUUAAAAAAAUCAGUGUUCAACCCAUCAGCAGCUUCAAGAGCCCCCAUUCAGAGCAAAUACUGAGACUGGAAAGUAUUAUUACACUGAUCGCUGCGAUCACAGAGAAACAGGACGACUUUAUGCAAGGAGGACCUGUGGCACUCAUGCAAUAUGUGAGAUUGUUCCUUUUUAACUGAAUGUCACACAUUCUGUAGGGACUUGAGAGGCUUGUACACAUGCAGACUUAAGAGAAAACUUCAUUUUCAUCCUACAUGAGCAAUAUACAUCUUCCAUACUUUGGCUAGCUGCUAGUCACUUGGCAUCAGGUUGUUAUGAAACAUGAAAAACCAGCAUUUUUACAGGAUGUAACAUUCACCAAAAGGAGACUAAAAGAUAGCAAUGCAGUGCCUGUUCAAGCUGUCCAAGUGUCUGUUGUAUACAAUAUGUAGAAUGUGAUAGACUUAACUUUCCUACGUGGCGAGAAGAAAACGGCGUCACACCGAGCAGAAUGUGGCAAACGCAUCUGAAAAUAUGCUUUUUAUCACUUCUUUUGGUGUUUUUUUGUGAUUUAUUCAUUUUCGAAUUACGUCAGCACACGAUGCCCACGUCGGAUUUGUUAAAAAAAAUAAUAAUAGGAAAUUCUUCUUCUUUCUUUUUUUUUCUUUUUUUUUCAGGGAGGGAGGGGGGAGUUGGGCGGGAGGGUCAGUGCUACAUUAAGCGCAAUGACGGAAUUUCUUUAGUCACCAUUUUUCUCUGCAGGGCUGAUUUCUUUUUGGGUCUUGUGGCACUUUUACUUCCCUCUGCGCACACAUUUCUAUUUUAGGAAUCACGGUGGAAUCUAUAUAUAUAUAAAUAUAUAAAAGGAACAACAACAACAACACCAACAAAACAAUAUGUAAACAGUCUCCAGUAGUGAUCGUAGUUACACUGCAAGUGUGUGCAAAGGUCUAUGUAUGUAUCUGAAUGUACGUUUUAGAGGACUUUUGGAAAACCUUUUUUUUGUUUUUUUGUUUUUUUGUUCUUUUCAUCUUUUCAUUUACAGUUUAGGAGCCACAGGUGUCCAUUGUGAACUGUAUAGCAAAGGCCUUGAUAUCCCUUCUUUUAUUGAUUUUUAUCAACGCCACCCAAUAGGCGAUGCCUUCAAGCUAGUUACAUUUGGUGCAGGGGCUAAAAUUGCCACAAGAUUAAAAUCAGUGUAAAUAAGGCUCAACUUUUUGUGAUUGUUACUGUUAUAUCCAGCCUAUACUGCUAGCAGCUGUUUUUACUGCAGUCAAUUACUGGAAGUGGAUAUAUUUCCUAUGCAAAACUGUUUAAACAAUAAAAUGAGCUAUGCUACAAAAAUGA